CUGCAAGUGUGAGGCAUGAGGUCGCUUUAAGAGACAUCUCAGCUCCUACCAGUGGUCCUGGCAGGACACCACCUACCUCCUCCUCGACCACAAACUCUCAGCUUUGUCUCACUUGAUGCACAGCGGCGCGAAGAAGUCCUGGAAGAAAUAAGACUCGGCCACAAAGGAAGACUGCUUUAAAGACUGGCUGAGCUUAAGGAUUAGGGAAAACUCUUAUAUCAUUCAUAAAAUAAUUACAGCAGGUGCUGCAAAACAAUCUGGUUCGAUUGGUCCUCUGUGUUCGAAGCGAGCCUGGGAAAACUAUUGCCAUGGAGCUGCAGCACAGCACCAAUCACAACCAAGCCUCGUGGAAUUCGACCGAGGACUGCUUGCUGUCGGUGAGUGGCACCACGUUACUCAUCAUUGCUUACAGUACAGUCAUGGCAGUGGGGCUCAUUGGAAACUCCUGCCUGGUGUUUGUCAUCACACGGCACAAAGAGAUGCACAACGUGACCAACAUCUUCAUUGUCAAUCUGUCCUGCUCAGACAUUCUCACGUGCAUUAUAUGCCUGCCGGUCACUAUUAUCUACACACUGAUGGACCACUGGAUCUUAGGAGAGACCCUCUGCAAGCUCACACCUUUCAUCCAGUGUAUAUCAGUCACUGUCUCCAUCUUCUCCCUCGUUCUGAUCGCCAUGGAGCGCUACCAGCUUAUCGUCCACCCGACAGGAUGGAAACCCAUGGUAGCCCACUCCUACCUGGCUGUGGCUAUCACCUGGAUUGUGGCCUGCAUAAUCUCAGUGCCUUUGCUUUCCUACAACGUACUCAUUUUGCCUUUUCAGAACUUCAGCACUCCACUCCCAAUAAAUGACAACUUUAUUUGCAUGGAGCAGUGGCCGUCAGUUAAGGAACGGCGAGCUUACUUCACCUCCCUGCUCGUCUUUCAGUACUUCCUCCCGCUUAUCCUCAUCAUGGUUUGCUACCUGCAUGUCUACCUUCGCCUGAGGAGGAGGAAGGACAUGGUGGACCGCAGCAGGAACACCGCUCAGAAAAAGAACAAGGGCUCCACGAGGAUAAAUGCCAUGUUAGUCGCCAUAGUCGUGGCUUUCGCCCUCUCCUGGCUCCCGCUCAACGUCUUCAACACGGUGUUUGACUGGCACCACGAGCUCAUCCCGUCUUGCAGCCAUGACAUCAUCUUCUCGCUGUGCCACCUCACUGCCAUGAUCUCCACCUGCGUCAACCCGAUCAUCUACGGUUUCCUCAACAGCAAUUUCCAGAAACAGCUCAAGUCCACGCUGCUGCGCUGCCGCUGCUGGGCCGUGGUGGAGAGGUACGAGAGCGUGCCGCUCUCCACCGUCAGCACAGAGGUCACCAAGGGGUCGAUUUUGAGCAACGGCUCUGUCAGCAACAAUACGUAAAUCCAUACUUUUUUUCUUUUUUUUUUUUUUUUUUUAACUGAAAGACAAAGAAAGCAGCUGGUGCUCUUCAGCCUUUAUUGUGUCACUCUCCAGAGAUUUUCUUUCUUUCUUGGUUUGACAUUUGCAAAAGGUAGACUCUUCAGGACGGCAGUCCAGAAGGAGCAGGCUGAAGAGCCCUAAGCAGGAUGGCAGGUUGUCCUCCAAUCAGUAUGAGUCCACAUGUAAGAGGAAAGAGAACGCAGUGAUGGUGCAAAGGUUGGACAGGUUUACAGGAUAUUUACAGUAUGUAUAGUCUUUUCCCCCACGUGCUGUCGCAUAUAAAAAAGAGGAGAUGCCUUUUUACUCUGUUACACCAUGUUUUCUCUCUGCAAUGAUCUGCUUGGAAAUCAUGUUUAAAUGCAUAUUAGCACCCCAAGAGAGUGCUGGAAGGACAAAAAAGCAGGUGGGUCGUGGAGCAGCAAAUGUUUUUAUUUUUAUUUUAUUUUUUAUUUUUUUAUCUGGUGUUAAUAGUGAUGACGAAAACAUCGAGGGGUUGUGAACUGCAACAUGUAAAUGAUUAUCAACAGAGUAGCUUAGAAUACAACCAAAGGAGGGAACAUUUGUGCAUUAGAUGUAGCUCUAGGCGGAGGACUUACCGGCAUCAUUUUAAUGCAUUUCUUAUUACCUAAACCCGCCACCGUUGUCGCUUUAAUGGUCUUUUGCAGAGAACCUUGGCAAAAGAUGAAUGCAUUUCAUGCUGUUUGACACGUCCAUGCUCCCGUGUGUGUGUGUGUGUAUAUAAUACAGAUGUGUAGGGGGGUCAUAAAAUGUGCGACACAGCCACCAUUUCUCAAUCGCAAUAAAACAAAAUAGAAGUGGCAGUAAAGGACAAGAGCGGGCUCCUUCCAUUGUAUAUAAGAUAAAGCACAGUUUUAGCGUGUGGUGUGCAAUAAAAAGCACUGUGUAGCAUAGCAGUAUAGAAAGUAUCUCUAGGAAAUGUGUUGUAAUAUUUGCUUCAUAUUUAGCUCUUGUACUGACUUUUUUUUUUUUUUUAAACUCUUUUCUUUGUUUCUGCCUUGCUUUACAUGCUGGUUUGAAGCUGUCAUCUUGCAGGUCAAGUUACCCAGGAAAGUAAAUGCUACCCUUUGACCAGAAGGCUGGUCAUUUAGCGCUGGUUUGAUAUAUUUUUUUGUGUUAUAUAGUGUACAUGGGGGGGGACCCUCCAAAC